GGGUGUGGCACUACCUUUGUCAGUAUAUAAACUGAAAAGAGACGGAGAGGAUCACAGUCGCUCCCCUGCACACCCAACCAUGAGGACUCUGAUCGUUGUACUGUUGGUUGCCUUCGUGGCAGCAGAGCAGAAGCGCGAAGCUGAGCCCACCUAUGGCGUGGCAGGCUAUGGCCCAGGUUACGGCUACGGCUCCAGUUAUAGCUACGGCCCCAGCUAUGGCUACGGCCGUGGACUUGGGUACGGCUAUGGGGUCAUCUCUCACCACCCGUACGGUCUCAAGUCAUCGGUUCACUCUUAUAACCAUAUCCUGCACAAGCGUGAGGCUGAGCCUACCUACCCUUACGGCUUCGGGCUUGGGUAUGGGUACGGACCCGGUAUCGCUCGCCACCCUUACCACGGGUAUUCCUACGUCCGUUCCCACGGAAUUGGGAAGAGAGAGGCUGAUCCCGGCUACUUCUACGGUUACCCUGGAUAUAGCUACGGACCUGCCUACGGCCACGGAGCCGCCUUCGGCUACUCUACAAGCGUCAAGCACCCUGGAUACGGUCAUUCCUACCAGCACAGGAGCGGCCUGGUCUACCCCUCAUACGGUUACCAUUAAUUACAUUUUGGUUUAAAUUUUCAUUAUAAAGUAAUAGAUAUUUCUCUCCUUUGUAAUUCUUUUGGGAGACAAAGUCAUAUUAGAAAUAAUAAAACUCUUCUCAG